AUGGGGCGUACUUAUAUUUCCCGGGAGCCAAAGCCGUCAAAGUCAAAGCAUGGAAACGAGUCAGACAAAGACCCUUACUUCCACCAUAGACAGGAGCAUGUUAGAGAAGGACCGCCAAAGUACUUCAGACCACAGCGCUCUUCGACCACCUCUAGGACAUCGUCAAAGUCCAAGUUCGAGGCCUCAAAGCCUACUCGACAGGCAACAGAGGGAGAUGCCAUCCAUGCUCGUAUCCCAGCGGGCUUUACAAUCAAACAUUGGGAUCCCACAGAAAAGCCGAUCAUUCUGCUCGGAAGUGUCUUUGACGCGAAUUCCCUUGGCAAAUGGAUAUACGACUGGACCAUCUGGCAUCACGGCCGUUCGAAUCCCAUCACCGAUGUGGCUGGAGAGCUGUGGCUGCUUCUUAUUAAACUUGCGGGCAAGAUGAAAAGUGCAGAGGGGCGCGUUGGCCGCAUUGCCGAUGCUGAACUGCGAGGAAUCGUGGAGCACCUCAUCGACCGUGGCGGCGGGCUGUGGGACCGGCUCAGAGACCUCCUCAAAAAGUGUGAAUUUCACAUGGUGAAGGCCGCCAAGAGAGAUGGCACAAAGACAAUGGGUAGAAGAGCCGGCACCGAAUUUGUCGACUCGAUGUUCGGACCUGAUCGCCACCUGGAGUUGACAGAGAAGAUUAUGAAGCAGAUCAGACUUUGGAGCGAACGCUUCGACGACUACUGUGAGGAGACAUUUCGUAGACCAUCUCGUACCUAG